AUGCAUCGUAUAGUUUGCCAUCGUGAAAGGAGUGUCCAACAGAAAUGGAUAGAUUUGGCUGUGUUGAAAUCUAAUCUAAGGAGAGGUCUUGGGAGUUUGGAAAGCAAUAUCGACGAUAUUCCACCGACCGAUAGGAAUAAAGUAUUAAGUGCUUAUUUUAAAUUAAAAGAUAUGUUAUGGAAAGCAGUUGGGGCGUUGCACGGGAACAUUACGGAUAUGUGUCAUAGCCCAAUUUCAGAGUUAUCCGACUCUGAAGCCUCAUCGCCCUCUCCUGGCGCGAGGAGACGGAGAUCACUUGCUAACAGGACUUCUGCUGCCUCUAGUGACGAUGAAGCACCAAGACCCAACCCGGUUCGAGCCCAAACCUCGCCCACCAUAGCUCAGAACACGGGUGUGAAACGCGGCAGGCCCCCCAAAGCUCGGACUUCGGAAGAAAGGCCCGCAAAGAAAAAGCGAGGCCGACCUCCGAAGACGAGGCCUCCCUCACCGGCCCCCGACAGUGAGGCUGAGGCUGACCCCCCGCAACACCUACAGGAAACAAAGACACAUAUAUUCCGCAAGGUUUUCACGCCCAAGAAGACGGACGAUGGAUGCGGUGGAAAAGGUGGAAAGGGUGGGAAAGGAAAGGGAAGUAAGGGAAAGAGUCAGGUGACCAUCAUAGAGGUGACGGCGCCUGAACUAGGUACUGGCGGUGAAGAUAGGAGGCAUCGGGAGCGAUCAGCGGAACGAAGGAACGAAGAAGCGAUCGCUAGAGUAUCACCGCCACGGGAACCGGAAACACUCACACGGAAACGAGAAGCGGAUAGGAUGGCCAACGAGAGGAUACAGGAGAGAGUCUCCAUAGAGAGGCACGACCGGAUACAAGACAGACCUGACAGAACCUCCAUCGACCGGAUACUGGACAGAACCGAGCGGAUACCCGAGAGGAGAUCCAGCGACCGAUUACCGCCCGACAGAAUAUCCAACGAUCGGAUAUCAUCAGACCGAUUGUCGGAUCGAUCCUCCCUUAACAACUCGGAAAGGAAAUCCACGGAUCGGUUAUCAUCAGACAAAAUGUUGAUCGAUCGGAUACACGGCGAUCGGAUUUCGGUCGACAAAAUAUCUCACGACCGGCUAUCCGGCGAUAAAAUGUCGCACGAGCGGUUGUCAAGUGAUAAACUCUCCCACGAUAGGCUGUCGGGCGAUAAAUUGUCGCACGAUCGACUAUCGAAUGACAAGAUGUCGCAUGACAAAUUAUCAAUAGACCGGUUAUCAGGGGAUAAGUUACCUUUAGAUAGAGUGGAAAGGGUCGCACCGGAUCGAUAUAUAAGGGCGGAGGCUGACGUCGGUUUCGUACAAAAUUCAUUACCAAACGGUUCAGAGCGUCGUCGGUCACGAUCGUCUCGUCUAACAGUGUCUAUACCUCUGGCAAGAUUGAGAGUUGAAACACUACGAGUGUUACAACGACCACAAAGAAAUGCCCCAGCGCCCACACCGCCCACGCCACCCACACCGCCCACGCCGCCCACUGACCACACGCUAGAGGGUGGUAGUAGCGGCGUAGAGCGCGCUGGUCGUACUCCUAUAUACUAUUCAUACUUUGAAAGACUACCAGCCGACGCCCUCUCUGACGAGGAAAGGGACCACAAAUAUUACCUCGGUGAAGCGAAACGUCUGCGUACAGAGGCUGAGAGGGAACAGGAGCCGCUCGCGCGAGUGAUGCUGUAUUUAGAGUCAGUACUGUGCUUCGUCCUGACCGGUCGAGUGCUGGAGCUAGAACUAGAUACUAAACGAGCCUUCACCAUAUAUAGAGAGACUAUCGAAUAUAUCAAAUCGAUACACUCGAUGCCACAACGAUUCAGAGCCUCCCCGCAUUCAACAUUCAGCAAGUUGGAUAUCUUGAGUUUGCGUGUACAAGCGUUGCUAUACUUACGCAUGUUCAAGAUGUACAGUCGUGAGGUGAAGGAAUACAAUAAGAUCGUACAGGAGUAUCAACAGAAGCCGGCGUGUGCGGAGGCUGUAUCAGGCGCGGCGGGUGUGACCGUAUCAUCUGCUCGCUCGGCGUCCCCCCUCUCUCCUUCCCCUUCCCCCGCGGGGUCGGUCGGCUCGGGCUCCGGUUCCGGCUCGGGCUCCGGUUCGGGCUCGUCGGGCUACUGUUCGCUAGCCCCCGGCGCCUACUGUACACUCGCCCACGCAGUGCCAGCACACGCACACCACGCACUCCUACAACUGACCAAGUAUUACACGUUCCUGUACGUAGCGCACGACCUGUGGGAACAGGCGGACUGUUUAUGUCGACUGAGACCCAAUCAAGAUCUAUUCAUCGCCGUGGACCGUAAGUGCGGGCCUCUAACCUUGUUCUCAACGUUCCGUCACCUCGUACAGUACGUGCGUCACGCUAUAUCGCUCCUCAAGAACGCCGCCAGGGAGUGA